AUAUAAUUGUGACCUGAACGGUCUCUGUCUCUCUCAGGAUGUCUAUCAGUAAGAUUCACGCUCGUGAAAUCCUCGACUCCAGAGGAAACCCCACCGUCGAGGUGGAUCUGUACACGGCUAAAGGUCGUUUCCGGGCGGCUGUUCCCAGCGGCGCUUCCACUGGCGUUCAUGAGGCUCUGGAGCUCCGAGAUGGAGACAAGACACGCUACCUGGGCAAAGGUACCCAGAAGGCCGUGGAUCAUGUGAACAAAGAGAUUGCUACCAAACUGCUUGAGAAGAAGUUCAGCGUCGUCGAUCAGGAGAAGAUCGACAAGUUCAUGCUGGAGCUCGAUGGAACUGAGAACAAAUCCAAGUUUGGUGCUAAUGCGAUCCUGGGUGUGAGUCUGGCUGUGUGUAAGGCGGGCGCCGCUGAGAAGGGCGUUCCUCUGUACCGCCACAUCGCUGACCUCGCAGGAAACAAAGACGUGAUCCUGCCGGUUCCUGUACGUGUGCCACCCAGUAGCCUAAUAAAAAUCAGUAUUUCUGAAUCUCACCUGCAUGUUUCCUGUCGCGCAGCUAAGUUCGGCGCUAAUGCGAUCCUGGGUGUGAGUCUGGCUGUGUGUAAGGCGGGCGCCGCUGAGAAGGGCGUUCCUCUGUACCGCCACAUCGCUGACCUCGCAGGAAACAAAGACGUGAUCCUGCCGGUUCCUGCCUUCAACGUCAUCAACGGUGGCUCUCACGCUGGGAACAAGCUGGCCAUGCAGGAGUUCAUGAUACUGCCAGUCGGAGCCAAGAACUUCCACGAGGCCAUGAGGAUUGGCGCCGAGGUCUACCACAACCUCAAGAACGUCAUCAAGGCCAAAUACGGCAAAGACGCCACUAAUGUGGGAGACGAGGGCGGGUUUGCUCCCAACAUCCUCGAGAACAAUGAGGCUCUGUCUGCUGACGACUGCUUGUCUGUGGUUCUGUAG